CGGGACUGCUACCGCUAAUAGGAAGAGGAGCUGGCAACCUUGCUAACCUACCAAGUUACCCUGGAGGUAGCAUCUGAGAACAGAAGCGCCCGUCCUUCAACUCUCUCUUUACCUUUCUAUCAAUUCAUGUCUGCUUGACAGAACCCACUACACAACAGCUACCUGACAAUCUCUGCAGAGAAGGCUGGCUGCAUUUUAUACAUGGGCAAAAAUGCCACAUUGCGCGUCGAAUCGGGAAUCACCUCCGACAUCUGCCAAUUGCCUGGUCCAGAAGCCCAGCUCUCAAGUCUGUAGCUAUUCCGGGGAUUUGUCUACCCUGCCCUCCCCGGCAAUCUGAUCGCUGUAUAGCUUCACCAUGACGCGACGCAUCGUCCGGACCAUCACCCAGCUCAGCGCUGCUGCGUUCUUCACGUUCCUCAUCGUCUUUCUCCUCGAUCGCAACUUUCGGUUUAUACCCAAUGCGAUUCACGAAUACAUGCCCCAGCACCAUGCCGGGCUCGUCAUCACAGACUUGACCAUCACGAAAUGUUCCACCGUCAACCUGUUCUCCUCCUGCAAGCUCGAUUCGGACAAGUGGCAGCGCGUCGAGAAGGACUUGUAUCUCGGGAAGGGAUGGGUAUCGAGCGCGUAUCUUCAUGUGCGAAGGCUGAAGGAGGAGGACCUCACGUCUGACGACAAGGUGGUCAUGGACGUCACCGUCGGCCGACUCGACCCUACAAAAUCAAGCAAGCCUCCCACGGAUCAGAAAUGGGAGUCACGGGGUUUCGGUUUGUGGGUUUUGCGCUCUUCAAAGAUCCACGCCAGCGAUUCCAAGGAAGCAGUCACUGCCGUGGACGUGCUGUUCGGCGACGAUGCAGUGGAAGCCCGGCACGCAUGGCAGGUCAGGGGUACACCUCUGUUGCUGGACACCAACAGGGCAAUACCUGCAGCUCACAUCACCGUCCGAAGGGGCCCUCACGUUGAGCCGCACAAGCCGCAGCCCCGCGUCAACGAGAACGGCAGAUUCAAGAUCAUGCAGCUGGCGGAUCUCCACUUGAGUACCGGUGUGGGCCACUGCCGCGACGCUGUACCAGAUGAAUACAACGGCGGGCAGUGCGUGGCCGAUCCGCGGACUUUGGAUUUCGUCACAAAGCUGAUCGAAGAGGAAAAGCCAGACCUGGUAGUACUGAGUGGUGACCAGGUCAAUGGGGACACUGCACCUGACGCGCAAUCCGCCAUUUACAAAUACGCCCAAAUACUCAUCCAGCACAAAAUUCCGUACGUGUCCAUAUUUGGCAAUCACGACGACGAGGGAGCUCUGUCAAGAGCCUCUCAGAUGGCCCUCAUCGAGCAGCUACCCUAUUCACUGUCCAGGGCCGGGCCUGAUGAUAUUGACGGCGUGGGCAACUACUACGUUGAGGUGCUUGCGCGAGGCAGUUCAACACAUUCUGCGCUCACGAUUUACCUGCUGGAUUCUCAUUCAUAUUCACCCGACGAGAGGCAAUGGCAAGGUUACGACUGGAUCAAGAACAACCAGAUUGAAUGGUUCAGGCAGACCUCGGCAGGCCUCAAGAAGAGCCAUAAACAGUACACCCAUGUCCACAUGGAUAUUGCUUUUAUCCACAUCCCGCUACCGGAAUACCGCAUCCCUGAAAAUUUCAAGGUGGGAGAAUGGCGAGAGGGUGUGACAGCACCAACAUACAACUCCGGCUUCCGUGACGCCUUGGUUGAGCAAGGUGUCGUGAUGGUAAGCUGCGGACACGAUCAUGCAAACGAAUACUGCAUGCUGUCCGCGGACGAGGUCGAGGGGGAGCAAAAGCCUAAACUCUGGAUGUGCUACGGCGGCGGAGCUGGAUUUGGAGGCUACGGCGGCUACCAUGACUUUAUCCGCCGUGUGCGCUUCUUCGAUUUGGAUAUGAAUGUCGGCCGUAUCACGACAUACAAACGUAUGGAGUACAAUCAGACGGACAUCCGUAUUGAUGAACAGAUCAUUGUCGACAACGGCCACGCGCUGGCGCCGCCAGUCAUUGAAGAAUCCGCGUCUUGACAGCAUUACGAGAUAGGAAGAUAUAGUGCAAACCACCGAGUUGGAUAUCGUGUCAAAAGAGAAAGCAAGGUGGCCUUUCCCCGAUACGUCAACCUUAGUGGACGUUUGUUUUUGGAUGAUUUACAAACAACAUGGGCCUUGGCGUCAAAUGGGGAGGAUCUAACGAGCGUGCAUUGCAUAAAAGGCCAGGAACGAAUAUUAGCAUUCUGGAUCUGUAAGAUAGGCGCACUGGAAACUGCACAUAAAAGCAAUUGCAUUGAAGUCCUCCAAUCAUGGCCCUGUUUGUGUCGACCACUUCCGCCUUGGGGUUUCCAUCGAAAAACACCCCAAGCUUAACACCCAGCAGCUCCCGUAUAUGUCAGCGGCUACUGCAAUGUC